GCGCGCCCCCGCCGCUGCGCUGCUGCAGGAAUGGCGGCACCUGCGUCCUGGGCAGCUUCUGCGUAUGCCCCGCCCACUUCACCGGCCGUUACUGCGAGCACGACCAGAGGCAGAGGGAAUGCGGCACCCUGAUGCACGGAGCCUGGACCUUCCACCGCUGCCGCCUUUGCAGGUGUGUGUUCGCAGCUCUGCACUGUCUCCCCCAGCCGACUCCCGGCAGCUGCG